UUUGUCCUUUGUGAUGCGGUACUUUCGUAAGUACUUUUUUUAAAGGACUUUGUCAAGUCCUCUUGUGUGUUGCUUUCAUCGCCCUCGACGCCCGCUGUCACCAUCCACGAGGCAUCAAGACGGUAUGAUGACGGUAUGAAGACGGUAUAAAGACGGCGUGAAGACAGUAUAUAUAGAGCGCUCACAUCUCCCGCGUCCUUCGUUAUGUUGCGCACUUCGUUCAAUCUGAUCAAGAAAAUUCUUAUCACCUGUCUUCUGUUACAUCGAUACCCAAGCAGGGAUUUGCCCUGUAUAUGAUGUCGGACCAACUUACCGCCUGGGGAGGUACUUUUGAGACUUCCCACGGGGACCUUUUUACGGAAUCCCCUUUCCCUCUGUCCGUUGCAGCAGGAGACGAGUCUGAGCUGCUUCCCGAGUACGAUGGCCACCAGUUCCAACCCGAACUGUAUGUGUCAACCUUUCUGCCAACAGGCCAUGUGCCUGCAUCUUCUUCUGCAGAUGCAGGACUCGUUUCAGUCCAGAUGCACGGCACGGAGGGUACCGUUCGCCCCCUUCCCCACGGCAUACAACCAAACACUCCAGCGAUGGACGUUUUUGCGUACACUACCAGAAUGCCCACCAGAAGCCUCCCGGUUCAACUUAACGGCAUGAACGUCGAAUACCCUCGAGGAGAUCUCGCUCAGUUGCCCACCCCGAUCAAUCAUGGCCUUGCCAAGAUUUACCCAGCCGAUGUCAUCAGGCCGAGCCAAGACCGGCAACCGAACAGGAACGAAAAAUCACAUCUGCAAUGUGAAUGGAAGGGCUGCACUUACGAGAAAGGAUUCAAGCGCGACGCCGACCUUUGGCGACACAUCAAGUCCCUGCACCUCGCCCCGUCCUAUCGAUGCGGAUUCCCUGGUUGCUCCAGGCUCUUUAACAGAAAGGACAAAAUUAAGGAGCAUGUUGAUAAAGCUCACUCCCUUCUAGUGGGAGAAUGGAAGGACUGGGUAAGGGAGUCUACUUAAGAGAUUUCUUCAGCAUUUGUUACUAUAUUUUCUACAUCAUUGCUUUCUUCCUUUCCGUCAGGAUUUGCUCCAACACCCAUAGACUACCUAC